CGCACGUACGUUUCGCCGAAUAUCUCCCGGUGCGGGGAUCGACUGCUCACGUCUGGUCAUUAUCUGUCUCGAGCGGCGGUCCAGCGGGGGGCUUCAAGACCACCGGGCAGAGGAGAGGACGGAGCCUCCAGGUUGGCGUGCGAUGCCCAGCGGGGGGCCGUGGGAGUGAGGUGAUGGGCUGCACCUCGGCCAAGCAGGUGUCGGCCGUGCCCAGCGAGGACGAUGCCCACGAUGAGUACAAGGCGAAGGGGCUGGAGGAGGUGAAAUACGCUGGAGGAGAGGAGGACCAAGUGAAGUCCCGCAACCAGGAGAACCUGGAGAAGAGCAGUGUUGCUAACGGGAAAAACCGAGAGGAUGCAGGACUCAAUGGAACCAAGUCCAACAUCCACACCUCAGAGAGCCAGCAGGAGUUCUUCAGGAUGCUGGAUGAAAAGAUCGAGAAGGGACGGGACUAUUGCUCAGAGGAAGAGGAUGAUGUCACAUAGCACCAUUCCUGCCACGUCGCCCAACCACCCCGCCCUGGCACACCAGUAACAGUGAGCGCUGUUCGAGCUCCAACAGACCUGCUGUCGAGGGACAGACAGAGCAAGGGAGAGAGCGACUCAGACACGCCCCAACCACAGAGACUGACAAGUGCAGCCAUCUGUCACGCUUCCUCCCUGUGUAACCCUGCCCUCGAGUCUUUCUGCUUCCUCUCUCACGUUCCUCUAGUGAAUGAGCAGCACGAUGGACGGGUCCCUCCUGCCCACGUCCUCCGCCGUGCCAACGGACUAAAUCGCGGAGAAGACUGAUGACCGAUGAACCGAGCGGACCAGGUCACACGAGAGGGAACCCACAGCGAUGGUGGAACCUUUUUUAAACAAUUGUUUUCAAGGUUGUUUCUACUGUCUCCAUCCUUCUCGUCUCACUUCUGUUAGUGCUGCUCCGUGUCCCCGGCUGUGUCUGUGUGUCCUUCCAUUCUGUACACUGGCACUGCAUCAGAAAAACGCGCGCGCUUCUCAGCCAUACUGUAGAAUAAGCGUGUACGCACUCCAGCAUCAGCACCAUCUGAUCUCUCCACAACAUCAGCAGACUUGAGUCCAGUGGGCAGAGCUCGUCCCAGGGGUCCCUGACUUUACCUCUGUCCUCACCCUUAGUGGGCUCUUCCUUUUCUAUUCUUUUGUGUUUCUUUU